AUGAAAGUCCUAGCCACUUCGGGGGUGUUGACCUCCACUUCUUUCGCAUUGUCGUUUGGUGGGAACCCUCUCCACUGUAACUGCGAGUUACUGUGGCUCCGAAGGCUGAACAGGGAGGAUGACCUGGAGACGUGUGCUUCACCCCAACACCUCUCUGGAAGAUACUUCUGGUCCAUCCCUGAGGAAGAGUUUCUCUGCGAACCGCCGCUCAUCACCAGAUACUCCCAUGAGAUGAGGGUGCUUGAAGGGCAGAGAGUCACACUCAGGUGUAAGGCAAGAGGCGACCCAGAGCCAGCCAUCCACUGGAUCUCUCCUGAGGGCAAACUGGUCUCCAAUUCCUCCAGAACGUUGGUCUACAAUAACGGGACUCUGGACAUCCUCAUAAGUACGGUGAAAGACACCGGCUCCUUCACCUGCAUCUCCUCCAACCCUGCCGGUGAAGCCCACCAAACAGUCGACCUGGUGAUUAUAAAACUCCCCCACAUCUCCAACAACACCAACAACAUCCAGGAGCCUGACCCUGGAUCGUCCGACAUUUCCACGUCAACACGGGGAGGAGCCAACGGAAGCAACGUGACGGGCGACGUAAAGGGUGGUGUGGAUAAGAGGGUGGUGACGGCCGAGGCCACGUCAUCGACAGCGCUGAUCAAGUUCAACUUCCAGAGGAAUAUUCCAGGCAUCAGGAUGUUCCAGAUACAGUACAAUGGGAGCCAAGAUGACUCGUUGGUUUACAGAAUGAUCCCUCCAUCUAGCAAGAACUUCCUGGUCAACAACCUGGCAGCAGGGACUCAGUACGACCUCUGCGUGCUGGCCAUCUACGAUGAUGUCAUCACCUCUCUGACAGCAACACGCGUGGUCGGCUGUGUGCAGUUCACCACCGAGUCAGAGUAUAUGAGGUGUCAUUUUAUGCAGUCUCAGUUCCUCGGCGGGACUAUGAUCAUCAUCAUCGGAGGGAUAAUAGUGGCUUCGGUGCUCGUUUUCAUCAUCAUCCUGAUGAUCCGGUACAAGGUGUGUAACCCUGGUGAGGGGGGUAAAGGUGUUUCAUUGUCGAUGACCAACGUUCACUCACAGACCAACGGGCAGCAGUCCCAGGGAUGCACUGUGACUCCCAGCUCCUCCAAACACGGCUCAAUCGGAUUAGACGACCUCUCAGGAGGCACAAAGAAGAGGAGCGCAGCAGGAGGAGCAGGGGGAGGAGGAGGGGGCAAGGAUACGAUGACUCAGUCGUCCGACUCAUCCCUGCCCGACUGCUCCACGACCACGUCAGUUCUCAGCCAGCCUUGGGCAGCCAGGAGCCCAACAGCUGGAGCCGAGGAGCGGGAGAAAGCGGGUGAAGAGCGAGCUCAAGCUGGCGUCUCGUCGCCCACUGGCGCCACCGGCUCACUCACCAAGCCAAAGCGGAAGCCUGCUCCGAGUAAGCCAGGCUCGUCUUGCUCCAACGCCUCGGCUGCUCCCGAAAACCUCCCCUCCUCCUCCCCUCGCCCUCCUUCCUCCUCCUUCUCCACCGCCUCCUCCACUCUCCUCCCCUCCACACCUCUGGAGAAUCUCAACACCAACCGCAACAACUCCACCUCCCUCAACCAAACCCCGCUUCCCUUCACCCAUUCCCCUUUCUCCAGCCCUCUUGCCUCCCCGAGCCCCGUCCCCUCCAUCCGAUUUCGAGAGACGCCCAUUCUUCGCAGGGCUCCCCGCGCCUCCACCUCUAGCUCCGCCAAGUACCAGACUCUCCCUGCGGAGGAGGUUGGAAGGAGCAGGGCGAGGAGGAGGUACUCGCUCAGUGAAGGAGGCUCAAAGACUCACUCCUCCAAUCAGGGGGCAGGAGGAGCACCCAAAAUAGGGCGCAUAUUGCGGAACAAAAGGAGCCAAUCAAUGAGCGGGAUGCUGCUCCCGAAAGACGGGGACGGAGACUCGGACAAAGGGAGGUGCGAUUCAGACUGGAUCUUAGAAAGCACGGUUUGAACUGGAACCAGACCAUGACAUAAACUUUGGUUUAUCCAUUAUUGUUUAUCUUUUGUAUGUGUGUGUGUGUGUGUGUUGGUUUGAAUUUGUCUAGAGA